AGGAUAUUUCCUCACCUCGUGGUUCGCAAAGGUUACUUUGCAAAAACCGGGCGAAAAUUUCUUCACAAAAAUCUAAACUUUUCGAAGUCCCAUAAUGUCUGAUCCUGCUCAAGAAGAUCUGUCUGGCAGUGAAGGAGAUCAGAUGGGCAGUUCUCCUCCAAAUGACACUGCUCUUCAACUUAUGCAAAAUCCUCGACUUCUUGCAGCACUGCAGGGGGGCCUUAGCCGAAUAGUUGGAACCCAGUCUGGAUAUAUUCAAAGUCUUCCUAAACCUGUGAAACGAAGGUUAAAGGCUUUGAAAAAUAUACAGGUUGAAUGUUGCAAAGUGGAAGGGUUAUUCUACGAGAGGGUACAUGCUCUUGAAUGUGAAUUUGCUGAAAAGUUUAAACCAUUGUUUGAAAAGCGUCGCAACAUUGUCAAUGGACUAGUGGAACCUACAGAUGAGGAAUGCCAAUGGCAAAGUGAUGAGGAGGACGAUGAGAAUGAGGACAAGGAAGAGAAAAAAGAGGAAGAUGUUACACAGCUGACUGGUGAAGUGAAAGAAAAAGUGAAAAUAGAGGAUGAAGAGAAGCUUGAGACUUCAGAACUAUCAGAUGAUGUCAAGGGUGUUCCAGAGUUUUGGUUGACAGCGAUGAAGAAUGUAGAUCUGUUAGCUGACAUGAUUCAGGAACAUGAUGAACCAAUUUUGAAGCAUCUCCUUGAUAUCAGAGUCAUUUUUACUGGGCCAGACAGCAAUGUUGACACAACACAGUAUCCUCAACCUACACCAAUGGGCUUUGUGCUGGAAUUCCACUUCUCACCAAACCCUUAUUUUACAAAUACUGUUUUAACCAAGAGUUAUAAAAUGAAAUGUGAGCCAGAUGAGGAAGAUCCAUUUUCAUUUGAGGGGCCAGAAAUAAUCAGCACAUCUGGCUGCAAUAUCGACUGGAAGAAAGGCAAGAAUGUGACACAGAAAGUUGUAAAGAAAAAACAAAAGAAAAAGGGUUCUGGUGGCAGAGGACAAACAAGAUUUGUCAGCAAAACAAUAAAAAAUGAUUCUUUCUUCAACUUCUUUUCCCCUCCAGAAGUUCCUGAAGAUGAGGCUGAUAUGGAUGAAGAAACAGAGGCUCUUUUGUCAGCAGACUUUGAAAUUGGUCAUUUCUUCAGAGAAAGAGUAAUUCCAAAGGCUGUUCUGUAUUUUACUGGAGAAGCUCUUGAAGACGAGUUCGAAGAAGAAGAAGAUGAAGGUGAAGAAGACGAGGAAGGGGAGGGUGAUGAAGAGGAAGAUAGCGACCCCGAUUAUCAACCACCCCCGGACGGCGACAAGCCAGUGGAAUGUAAGAAUCAAUGAACACAGAUUCGGUUUCUCUUUGAGGAAAACUUUCUAUGAAAGAAAAGCCAAUUUGCGGUGCUUUUGAUUGACUUUGUCCUGGAGAUCUGGAGUUGAUUGACAUAGCCUUGGAAAGUCAGGAUUGAAAGCCAUCCAUAUAUUUAUUUUAAAACGUUCAUUGAACAACUUAAUCGUUGCUGGGAAAGCCACCUCUUGUCAGUGAAGUAUCGUUUGCAGCUUUAUCUUCUUCAUUCUCUUGUUAACCAAGGAAUCCCACGUUUUGCUUAACCCUUUACACCCUGAGAGUGAGUGGCAUCUAAUUUCUCCCAACAAUAUCCCCCCUGAAUCACACAUUAAGGUCAUGAGAAUAAAGCAAAUGAUCACCAACGAAAGAAGCUUUUGAUCAGUAAACGAAUUUUCCUUGUCAGUAACCUUAGGGAAAUGUAUAAAGAAGGAUAAUAUGCAUACUGAUGUUAGGGUGUAAAGGGUUAAACACUGCAAGAUAUAAGACACUGUAUCUCGUUCGUUGCAUGAGAAUUGAUUUUGAAGUCGUUAGAAGAGAGAAAGAGAGAGAGAGAGAGAGAGAGAGAGGAGAAAAAAAAACUUAACAGCGGAUAGUUGCCAUUUUCCCAAUCUUCAAUGAAGAACUGAAGCUUGUAGAGCUCCGCUCGUGUUAAAACCGAUGAUAACAGUAGAAAAAUAGCUUUAAGAAAGUGAAAACUACUGUGGAUGUAACUGGAAAAUGAACUUUGAAUGUAUCUUGUGAAAAUAAGAACUAAGUGAAGGGAAGACAUUGCGAAUGAUAGGUUGGGGAAAUAUUUUUUCGCCCUUUCCGGAAGAUGUUUGUGGACGAAAAGUAUAUUUAUGUAUUGAUUAUUUCAUACAACAUGGUAUGGAGAUCAUCAAUACAGUAGAAUUGUGAAAUUCAACCCUUGAAUUACAUGCGAGAAUGUUUGCACUUUCUUUUUACAGACAAAUUUUGCUUAGAAUUGUAGAAUCUUUCUCAGUCCAAAUAAAUGAAAGGUGAAACUUUU